AUGGCGGCGAGAGGAAUCUUAACUUCAAGGGUGUCUCCUGAUUACCUACAUAGUAAUUCCACCAGCCACACCUGGGCAUUUUCAGCCAUUGCAGAAAUCAUAGACAAUGCGUAUGACCCAGAUGUGAAUGCUUCAGAGUUAUGGAUCGACAAACGAGACAUCAAUGGAAAGGUUUGUCUGACCUUCACAGACAACGGAAAUGGAAUGGUCCCCGAAAAACUUCACAAAAUGCUCAGUUUUGGCUACUGUGAAAAGGUAGCUGUUGGAAACCACCAACCCAUUGGUCACUACGGCAAUGGCUUUAAGUCUGGCAGCAUGCGUUUGGGGAAGGAUGCUAUUGUUUUCAGUCGGCGAGCGGACGUGAUGAGUGUUGGACUUCUCUCUCAGACAUAUCUGAAGGCCAUCAAAGCAGAGACAGUACUUGUACCGAUCAUCUCGUGGAAUCUCCCAAACAAAACCAGAAGAACCUCCCCAGAGACUAAAAAUAACUUGUCAGCAAUAUGUACUCACUCCAUUUUCAAAGAUGAGAAAGAACUACUGAGUGAGCUCGACUCGCUGGAAAAAUUGAGAACUGGGACAAGAAUCAUUGUAUACAACCUCACUAAGAACAACAACUCUGGAAAUUUGGAGCUGGACUUUCUCAGUGACCCACUGGACAUCAGAAACCCAGAGUCCCAUCUCAUUGACUACUCCACAAUCAACAGGACAAUCCACGACAAAAGUCCCGAGUAUAAAGUCUCUCUUAGGGCGUACUGCAGUAUUUUGUACUUGAAGCCAAGGAUGAAAAUUGUUCUGCGGGGAAAGAAGGUGAAAACAAAAAUGAUCAGUAAAAGCUUGUCUGAGACGGAGACUGAUGUCUACAAGCCGACCUGGAUCAAUAAACCAAUAGUGAUUAAAUUUGGAUUCACGUCCAGUAAAAACCCAGAGGAUUAUGGAGUAAUGUUGUACCACAAAAACCGACUGAUUCGGGCUUAUGACAAAGUAGGAUGUCAAAAACAGGCUAAUGAGCUUGGUGUAGGAAUUGUGGGUGUGGCCGAAGCCUUCUUCUUGACGCCGACCCACAACAAACAGGACUUCAGCCGUGACGACAAGUACAAUGCCUUUAUGACAAAUGUUGGAAUCAAACUGAAUGAUUACUGGAAUGAGAAGAGAGGGGUGACCAAUAACACAGCAUCCUCUUCAAAGAACAAAGUACUAGCUCCUGAUUGGCUGUGGGCCCAGUGUGAUAACUGCUUACAGUGGAGAAGGUUACCGGGAGGCUUCAGACAGGAGGAUCUCCCUGACAAGUGGUACUGUCACAUGAACCCCGACGCUGCAUUCAAUCGCUGUGAAAUUCCUGAAGAACCAGAGGAUGAAGAUGAGGCUUUGAUGGGCCCCAGCUAUAAAAAGACAUUUAAAAAACAACAGUCUGAACUCAGGCUGAAAAUCAAGCUACAGGAGAAACAGAAAGAGAUUCAACUUUCAGAGAAAGAAAAACAGCUCCAGAGGAAGGAAAUGGAAAUGAACCAGCGCAAAAAAUCAGAAUCCUUCAGUCCUAUUGUCGAGAAGCUGAAGAAGCUUGAAGAGAAGGCAGCGAAACAAGAGAAGAUGAUAGCGGCUCUCCACAGAGAGCGAGUCCAACAGGAAGCCGCGAGUCGACAAAUGCUGGACGCCGCGGAGAAUCUGAAUCUCGUCAACCUAAGACAAAGUGAGCUCCUGGACAAAGUGGCCCGAGGAGCAGAUAUCAGGUCCUCAUCUUCCCCAGCUUCAAGGAAGAGGAAACAUUCCAGUAACAGUAUUUGUAUAAAGACAGAAGACGGCAGUGUUGUGGAGGUUAUACCUAACCCCGAUCACGAUGACCGAGUGGUGGAUCUAACCGAGGACUCAGACGAGGAAGGAGAAGGCGCUCCGUCGUCCUCAAAACAAUCCAAAGAAGAAGAUCUGAAGUCUACUCCCAGUAAGGGGGAGAACUCCAAAUCUACCACAAAAACAAACAGUAAAGAUAGUAAAACUAGUGCUUCCAGUGGUCAGGCAGAUGAUGUUAAACCUAACCUUGAUAAACUGAAGGAGCAGAUCAACAAGUUACGGACAUUUAAAGAGAAAGGUGUACAGACAGAGGGGAGGGAGGAGUCAGAGGAGGAGAAGAGCUAUAAGGAACGGUUACUCGCCUUCCAAAAAAACGUCCACGAACUGCUAAGGAGGAUCGACCCCAGUAAAGAGUGGGGGGGAUCCGAGAAUAUAGAGGACGUUAUUGUGCAAAUGAUGAAACACAUCGAACCAAACGGGGAGGAAAAUGAUUCAGAUUGAAGUAUAGAUGUUGGUGGAUCGGAGAGUAUGGAGACAGUCACUGAACCAAUGGUGAUUGAGAUUAAAGCUUAGAUACUCAAGUUGGUGGAUCUAAGAUUGUAGUGUGACAGUCAUUGAACUAAAUGUGACUCAGAUUAAAGCUUAAAUACAGGUGAUUCUGAGAAUAUUGUGGCAGUGAUUUGUUCAGUUGGUAAAACACAUGGAAACUUGUUGGUUAGUAGACCCAUUCACAUUGAACUUGUGGUCAUAGAGGAUGUACAAUCCUGUACAUGUAUUAGGGAUAGGUAUUAGAUAGAUUGAUAAAACUGAUACAUAUGAUCAAAUAUAAAUACACAAGGGAAUGUUCCUAGUUUUCAAUACUAUUUUUUAUGCCAGACUUUGAAUUAAGAUACAACUUUGAGAUUAUUCACAUCAAUAACUGCCACAAAAUCAGUACCUGAUUAAAAACUGACAGGGAGUCAGAUACAUAUGUUUUUUUCACACUUUCAACAAACAGAACUCUAUGGCACAUGUACAUGAUUGUAUAUAAUGUAUGAGACACUAUUACAUACAGAAUGUAAGCAUUACUGUUGGGUUAUUUUAUUAAUUACAUUGGGAUUUUUUGCUGUGUAUUUACAAGUAAGAGUUUGUAGAAACAUGAAGUUUUAAUAUGUUAACAAUGAAACAUUAUAUGAUGUCUUUAUUUUACAAGGGAUUUGAUAUACAUGUAUGUGUGUGAAUAUGGAGGGGUUUGUAAAAUUUAUUUGUUACCUACAAAAUGAGUCAUGAACAGAUUUUAUAAUGAUAUGAAGAACUGAAUCAGUUUUGUAUUUUGACUGUUGUAUACUGUAUAAUAAAGGUGUAUAUGUUUAAAUCUACUGUAUAUGUAUAUUUUUUAAAACAAUUCUCAGGGAGAAGAAACACACAGCAUCCAUUACACUAGUUUGUAAGAAUUGGUGUGUUUUGUCAUUAUGUGUUGAGGUAUUUUACAUUGCUUAUUAAGUUCCAUUCUAAAAUCCAAAUAUAUUUUUCAGUUUUAUUAUUUUCUUGGAUAAAUACAGAGGAAUAGUCGGGAUUUCUUGUCUUUAACUACAUUUAAGAUACAGGAAAAUUCUGAGAAGUUCUGGAAAUAAUAAACAGGCUUUACUAAUUAAAUCACAAAUGCAAUCGGAGCUUACAAGUUGUUGUAACUCUUGGUGAAACAGAAUUACAAACAGUGUGUCAAAUUUACUACAUGUAUCUUUAACAGGUUAGUGAAAUGGUCACCAGUAAAAACAAAUGAUAACAAAUUUCUGCUAAACUGUUAACUUCACUUAAUGAGUGGUCUUUGCUUUCUUUAACUUAUAAAACCUGGUAUUUGAUUUGGCCUGUCUUUAAACAUUUUACCCUAUGGCUCCAUGUCAUAGUAUGAAUGGAUGUUUACAGUGUAUCAGCUGGAGUUAUCUGAAAUGUGUUGUUACUAGAUCCUACCCCAUAAUAUAUGUACAUAUAAUAUUUUAUUUUGUGGGGACUCAAUUUUCUUGGGUACCUUAGCCUUGCAUUUACAAUCUGAAUGAAUAAUAAUUUAUUGCUUAUAUCUUUCAUAAUGAAAGGAUUGUGCAUGAAUUGACAUCCCAGGAAUUAAAAUAAUUCCAAAAUACUGUGCAAAAAAAAAAAAGAAUCUUGCCAAUGUGUUUUGUAAAACUGAAUUUUGAGAGUUUAUUUUGUGUGUGAUAAAGAUUUAACAUCAUAAGAUGAAGAAGUUUAUAUAUGCAUUUUGGUCACAUUUUCUUCAUGCAUUUUAUUUGUUUUGUAAAUAGAUGAAUGUUAUGUAUUUGGCACUAAUCUUUUCCAAUUCAUAUCGGACUUUAUUUUGUCCUAGUCAAGUUGUUUUGAUACCAGCUACAUUUGUUUAAAAUCUUAGAAGUAAGUUAGAGUUAAUUAUGAACCUCAAGAAUUAGAAUCAGGUCAAUCAAGUACAAAUGUAGUCAUCAUUUAAAGGAGGUGAAUACAAAACAAACUGAUUUACAGGAGAAUGAUUGUGCUGACAUUCAUUACACUUUGUAAAUACUAGGUUAACUACAUUUCUAGUCAUGAAACAAAGUGUAUCACCUAUAACAAAGUGUAUCAUCAACAACAAAAUGUAUCACCCACAACAAAGUGUCUCACCCACAACAAAGUGUAUCACCCACAACAAAAUGAAGUUUUGUUGGGGAGAUUUUGCAUCUUUUUUUAAUUUCCUGUCAGAACUCAGAAAGGGUUCCAUCAUAAAUUAUUUAUCCUUAACAUUCCCUUAUUCUAGUGUUUUCCCUAUAAAUCUAAUCAUGUGAAACUAUCUUUAUAUAGACAUUUGUAUUUGUUCCUCGAGUUCACACUAAGUACAUAUGUCCUGGUAUAUUCUUAAAUUCAUACUUUGUAGGAAAUUUAGAAUGUUUCAGACAGCAGAGUAUAUUUGUAUGACCCUAAUUUGAUAAGUUUUAAUACACCAAGCAUUUAUUUGCUUACUUUAUGUUUAUAUUUGUACUAAAACUUGCUGUAUAUAAUAAUUACAAGUCUGUAUAUUUGAAUAUAAGCAAACUUGAUUUAUACAGAAAAUAUGAUAGUGAUAUAUCAUAAUAUUACUGUGGAAUCAUUUUAUAUUGUGGGGGUCAAUGGUCAUGGGCAAGCAAAAUUUUACUGGUUUCAUGGGGACUUAAUUUUGUGGGUAACUCUUUAUACAGAAGAUUCAAAACAUUGAGAAAAUAUUCGUUCAUAGGGAAUUUAAAUUUGUGGGUAAGAGUGACCACAAAACCCUUGUACAUUGAUCCCCCAAGAACGAUGAUUGCACAGUGCCUUGUCUUGAAGAAAUAACUCUUUAUAUGGUUGAAGGUGUAGUUGUUAAUGUGUGAUAUUGUCAAAAGAUGUUACUUUAAAAUCACAUAUUUUCUAUUGUUUAGUGUAAAGAGAACUUUGAAUGGAUGUCCUAAAUGAAUUAUUAAAAUUUCUAACUUCAGUUACUGUAUGCUUGUCUACCAUUUCUCAAUUUUUUCUUGACUUCAGUAUAAUCAAAGAUGGUAGCAUUUUGCAUUGUACGUGCUAUGUAUCACUUGUAUAUACUUUAAAAGUACUGAAAUGAUGCAAACUGAGAUGUGAAAUUUUAUUUUCAUUUUACUAGCAAAUUAUAGAGUUGUUAUUUGAUCCAUUAAAGCCUUUUAAUACCAAA